GUACUCUCUGACUACACCAGACGGGCUGCGGAUUAUCAGGGAGACGAGAAGAUUGCCCAUCGCUCUACCAGUGAACAGGAAAAUUCUUGUACAAUGGCUGACAAAGUUUACAAGAAGACCAGUGGAAAUGGCCAGCUUACUCUUUACCUCGGUAAGAGAGACUAUGUUGACCAUGUGGACGUAGUCGACGCUGUUGAGGGCGCUGUGAAAAUUGACCCUGCAGAUCUCGGAGACAAAAAAGUUUGGGUUCAGCUGGCCUGUGCUUUCCGCUAUGGCCGUGAAGACCUGGACGUGAUUGGACUUUCCUUCAGAAAAGACAUCUGGAUUCAGCACAUACAGCUCUACCCUGAAGCAGGACACAAACCCACCCUGACCGAGAUGCACAACACUCUCCUGAAGAAAGCUGGAGAGCAGGGCCAUCCCUUCACUUUCAAUAUUCCUACCAACCUUCCCUGCUCUGUUACACUUCAGCCUGGGCCAGACGACAAAGGAAAAGCUUGCGGCGUUGACUUCGAGGUUAAAGCCUACGUGGCCAAAUCAGCCGAUGACCCCGAUGAGAAAGUUGACAAGAAGGAUACCUGCCGACUUGUCAUUCGUAAAAUCCAGUUUGCACCUGAUAACACAGGAUCUGGACAGAAAGCCGAGCUCUGCAAGAGCUUCAUGAUGUCUGAUAAGCCUGUUCUUCUGGAAGCCUCUCUGGAAAAGGAGAUCUACUACCAUGGGGAUCCAAUCCCUGUCAAUAUCAAGAUCAAGAACGAGACCAACAAAGUUGUGAAGAGGAUAAGGGUUACAGUUGACCAAACCACAGACGUCGUCCUGUACUCAGCUGACAAAUACACCAAAAAUGUGCUGACUGAAGAGUUCGGAGAAACUGUAGAAGCCAAUUCGUCUUUUGAAAAGUCCCUUGAUAUUACUCCUUUACUGGCAAACAACAAGGAGAAACGUGGCCUGGCGCUGGACGGCAGGCUUAAAGAUGAAGACACCAAUCUGGCCUCAACCACUAUAAUAAGAACAGGUAUGGAUAAGGAGAUGUUGGGAAUCCUGGUGUCCUACAAGAUCAAGGUUAACCUCAUGGUAUCAGGCGGAGGUCUGCUUGGAGGCCUGACAGCAAGUGAUGUGACAGUAGAGCUGCCUCUGACCCUCAUGCACCCCAAACCCAAAGACUGAACGGCCAUAUCAGAUUCCACAGGGCAGAUGUUAUCCUCAAAUACAUUCCUUCAGCACUUUCACAGCGAGACGGCAGAAGAAAAAGCUCCCCAUUAAGCAAAGAAGGCAUCUCAGAGAAGGGCACGAGUACCUCACAACCAGGAAAACACAUCAGUAUCACUUAGCAAAGCUGCUAGGUCAUAUUGAUGAUGAUGAUGAUGAUGAUGAUGAUAAGAUGGUGGUUUAAAGCAUACAUUUGUAUGAGGUCAAUAUUUGCCUUGAGGUACUCAGUGCAGGUAUUUUACCAUAUACCUCUUCUUUGUGAAAGUGCUCCCUAAUGCUCAUCAUCCUUUACCCAUAGCCAGUCUUGAGUGAUGCAUUUUAAUAUGUAUGGAGUCUGAUCACCACAUUAUGUUUUUGCUUGUGUUAACUUGUCUUGCCUAGUGUUUAGAGCCAUUUACAUCAGCUUCGGUAAAUCACUGUUACUCAUUGGACUUGUAAUGUAUAAUGUUUGGUUUGUUAUGUGUGGAGUUUUAUGACUCAUGAAUCAAUAAAACAAAUGAAAUACCUCUAAAA